GCGCCGGGUAUGCAGGCGGUGGUAGCGGGCCGGGAGGUGGGAUGCUGUCGCGGAAGAAGACGCGUACGGAGCUCUCCAAACCGGGCGAGGUGCAGGGCAAGUACGUGAAGAAGGAGACCAGCCCUCUGCUUCGCAAUCUGAUGCCUUCAUUUAUCCGUCACGGUCCAACCAUUCCAAGACGAACUGAUAUCUGUCCCCCUGACUCAACUUCUGCUGCCUACGCUUCUGGUGGAGAUGGAAUUGUUUCCAGAAACCAGAGUUUCCUUCGAACUCCAGUGCAGAGGCCACCUCAUGAAAUAAUGAGGCGGGAAAGCAACAGACUGUCGGCACCUUCCUAUCUCGCAAGAAGUUUAGCUGAUGUCCCUAGAGAAUAUGGCUCUUCCUCCCAGUCCUUUUUAACAGAAGCUAAUUCUGUUUUGGAAAAUGGAGAUGCUGGUGCCCGUUGUUAUUAUUACGAUCAUUUUUACGACGCCCAGAGGAGACGUCAGUUAAACGAUCGCGUACAUGAGGACUACAGGUAUUAUGAACACAACAGCAGCCUUUUCCAGAGGAUGUCACAGAAUCAUGGGAGGCACACUCCAGGCAUUGGUAGAGUUGCUGCUACAUCUCUAGGGAACUUAACAAAUCACAGCACUGAGGAUUUACCUCUUCCUCCUGGCUGGUCAGUGGACUGGACUAUCAGAGGAAGGAAAUACUACAUAGAUCACAACACCAACACCACGCACUGGAGCCACCCGCUCGAGCGCGAGGGGCUGCCGCCGGGGUGGGAGAGAGUCGAGUCCCCGGAAUUUGGAGUGUAUUAUGUAGAUCACAUCAAUAAAAGGGCUCAGUAUAAGCAUCCUUGUGCUCCCAGUGUUCCCCGCUACGACCAGCCACCCCCGGUGACUUACCAGCCACAGCAAGCGGAGAGGAGCCAGCCCCUCUUGGUCCCUGCAAACCCCUACCACACUGCUGACAUCCCGGACUGGCUGCAGGUCUACGCCAGGGCUCCUGUCAAGUACGACCACAUCCUGAAGUGGGAGCUGUUCCAGCUGGCGGACCUGGACACGUACCAGGGGAUGCUGAAGCUGCUGUUCAUGAAGGAGCUGGAGCGCAUCGUGAAGCUGUACGAGGCCUUCAGACAGGCGCUGCUCACCGAGCUGGAGCACCGCAAGCAGAGGCAGCAGUGGUACGCCCAGCAGCACGGCAAGAAUUUUUAA